AUGGGUGAAGAAGAGGUCGGAGGUGCCGUCCCCAAGGAGCAGCGACAGGGCUGGGGACAGUUCCUCAAGUCGAUCGCCAGCUUCUCCGGUGAUCUGUCUUCGCUGACAGCGCCCUCAUUCAUCCUCUCUCCAGUAUCUCUGGUCGAGUUCCCAGCCUACUGGGGUGAGCACCCCGACGAGUUCGCAAAGAUCUCCACGGGCAAGGACGAGGUGGAGCGCAUGAACCUCGUCCUCAAGUGGUUCAUCAGCACGCUCAAGGGCCAAUUCACCGCCCGUAACAUUUCGUCCGGCUCCGAGAAGAAGCCGCUCAACCCCAUCCUUGGCGAGAUCUUCCUUGGCAAGUGGCCGGACCAGAACGGUCGGGGCGAGACCGUCCUUACUGCCGAGCAGGUCUCGCACCACCCUCCCAUCACCGCCUACCACAUCGAGAAUAAGAAGGCUGGCGUCACGCUCGAGGGUCACAAUGCGCAGAAGACCUCCUUCUCCGGACGCACCAUCCAGGUUAAGCAGGUUGGUCACGCCAUCCUUCGCAUCAAGCUCCCUAGCAGCGACAAGGAGGAGCUCUACCUCAUCACGCUUCCCAACCUGCUCAUCGAGGGUCUCUGGUACGGCUCACCGUACGUAGAGCUCACUAGCAGCUCGUACAUCCAGUCCACCACCGGACUGCUCACCACACUCAACUAUGCCGGCAAGGGCUACUUCUCGGGCAAAGCACACUCGUUCAAGGCGACCAUCGGCGCCGGCGGCAACACGCUCUACUCGAUCGAAGGCGAGUGGGCCGGUGUGAGCAAGUACAAAGGCAAGUCCAUCUCCGGUGGCAGCAACGACGUCUUCUGGGACGCAUCGACCGAGCGAGAAGAGGUCUCCGUGGAGGACGUCGAGAAGCAGGGUGACAUGGAGAGCCGCAAGGUGUGGAAGACGGUGGCCAACGGUAUUCGCACCGGCGACUUUGACACCGCAUCCAAGGACAAGGCUAGGAUCGAGAAUGCGCAGAGGCAGAAGCGCAAGGACGAGGCAGCGGCAAACACCCCACACCAGCUCGAGCACUUUGUCCACAUCGAGAACGACCAGGAGUACUCGCAGCUGGCGUCCAUGUUCAAGGGUCAGCCGGCGACCGAGGAUGGCUACCGCAAGAAGCCUCGCGUGCACUAG